AUUUGAUAAAACUUUGUUGAAAAAAUUUAGUUAAAAAUGACAACUUUUAAUUUGAAAAACCAAAACCGCAAAUUCGUAUUCUUGCGUUAUGUCAGCUAUGCCUUAGCAAUAAUAGCCAUAAUUAGCAUAAUCUACCUGUUCCUCAAUCCAGGCUAUUUAGAUAAAGUAAAUUUGGGAUCAAUUGACGACAAGAAUGUCAUUGUGUUGACAGACAUUAAGCCAAAUCAGGAAAAAUUGAUUGUUAACGACAAAAGUACUAUUAAUGCAAUUCAUCCCAAAACAAGUCAUUCACAAGAAUUGUCGGAUUCAUUGAACUCAGUCAUUGUGUCGACAAAUUCUGGCAAAAUUCGCGGUAAAAUACAUGAAGUUCUUGGCGUAAAAGUGAACACAUUUUUAGGUAUUCCCUACGGAAAGGCACCGACAGGUGUGUUACGAUUCCGACGGACACAACCAGUUAAGCCUUGGACUAACAUAUUGAACGCAACCCGACUUCCGGCCGCAUGUAUUCAAUCGGAAUACACACAAAAACUAUUUCCCGUUAAGAUUCUUAACUAUGAACUCAGCGAAGACUGUCUUUAUAUGAAUAUAUGGACUCCUGUGACAAAUGAAAGUUCAUUACCAGUUAUGGUAUGGAUUCACGGAGGAAUGUUUACCAUUGGUUCUGUUGGUGUCGAUGAAUAUGAYGGCAGUGUUUURGCAUCAUUUGGAAAUGUUAUAGUAGUUUCCAUUCAAUAUAGGUUAGGAUUAUUUGGAUUUCUUGAUUUAGAAACCGACGAAAUACCUGGAAAUAUGGGUCUUUCGGAUCAGGCGAUGGCAAUCAAAUGGAUUUAUGAUAAUAUUGAUAAUUUUGGUGGCGAUUCUAAAUCCAUAACACUUAUGGGACAAUCCGCUGGUGGUAUAUCUAUAGGUCUACAUAUGAUGACUGACACUAAAAARUAUUUUAAAAGAGUAAUUCUUGAGAGUGGAAGUUCUAUGCUUCUGAAUCAAGUGUAUGGUCGCGGACACAAAGUAGCCGAAGAGUUUGUCCGCAAAAUUGGUUGUUUGCCCGAAGGAACCGACAUUUAUGACGCUCCAGARCUUAUAGUAAAGUGUAUCGACACCGUAAGUCUUAAAAAGAUAAGUCAAGCUCAACAAGAAAUGGUAACCAACAAUCCCGUCCCAUUCCUACCUACCAUUCCAUCAGAUUUUGUCGAAAACUUUCCCACUGAAAGCAAUGAAAACAUAACAUAUAACCAAAAAGAUUUUUUAAUUGGUUUCAAUCAAGACGAGGGGACACUAAUACUUCAUUUAGCUUAUCCUAAAAACUAUACAAGAACUACCGUUCCUAUAAUAAAUACUUUAGAUGAGGCUCGCAAUGCUAUCGUUAUGAUGGCAGUGGACGGAGGUUUCCCCGAAAUGCAAGCAAAAAGUAUGGCAGCAGUACUGCUCAAUGGCAACGAAACGGAUACACCAGAAAACUGGGCCCGAAAAAUAGCGUCAGUUUUCGGAGAUAUUAUGUUUAUAUGUCCGACACUAAGUUUUGCCGAUAAGUUUUCAGCCCUCAACAGUACUGUCUAUAUGUAUAUAUUCACACAUAGAGCACAUAAUUCAGUUUGGGGUAAAUGGAUGGGAGUCACCCAUCACGACGAACUCAAUUAUGUGUUUGGAGUUCCCCUACGGUAUCCAAAUAUGUUUGACGGACAGGACAUCAACUUUAGUAAACGUUUAAUCAAGACGUGGACACAGUUCGCCAAAACUGGAUCUGUUUCACCAAUCGAUUAUCAACACGACUGGCAUUCAUACGAUUCCUCAAAGCCUUAUAUGGAAUUAAAUGCUAGGAAUGCCUACAUCGGGCACCGGUAUCACGAAGAAACUUGUAAUUUAUAUAAUGCUCUCAUUGAGUAUCUCAAUAGAUAA